UCUAAAAAAAAAAACAUAUGAGUCUGCUGUGAGUUUGAAUGAGAAUAAAUUCUAUGGUAACGCUUUGAUAUUAAAAAAAAGAUCAAUAAUAAUGCGAAUAGGGUAAAAAUAUUUUUUAAUAAUGGUAACAUUAAAAUGACGGCCAUGGUAGUUCGGUCACGCGAAAAAAAUGUGAAUUUGUGAUUAAAUUUUUCAUUGUUUUAACUAAGCUAUUUAGUUUAAAAUCGGGAUAAUUUUGCCAAUGAACUGAUCAAGAUGUGCCCUAUAGGUUAUGUGUGCGUGAUCGAGUGAGUUUUGGAGGGAAAUCGAGAGUUAUUCACCACGCACGUACAGUGUUGUUAAAAAAAGUGUGUUUUUUUGUAUCAAAUGUCCGUCAUAGAUAUCCACCAAAAUGGAUCAAAACAUGGCGGAAAUGGAUCCGCUCAGCACAUAUGACUACCCCCCCUACGGUUACCAGCACAUUCACUACCCCUACUCUUACGAGAUAAAACUAGAGCAACCACUAGCGCACUAUGCUAAUCUAGCAGCUAGCUUACACAACCAAGCACCAGUCAACGAUAUACCUCCCGUAGCUCAAGAUACAUCAAUAGAUACUAAUACCAAUAUUACAAAUACUAUACAAGAAGCCACAAGCAGUCAAGUACAGGAAGUGAAACCAGUGUUUGAUCUAAAAAAAGUUAAAAAAGAGGGAGGUAAAAAAAGUAAUUACUGGUCACAGAAGAUCACAGAUGAAAACUUUCCUUUCUACGCCUGCGCGCUCUGCAAUGUCAGCUACAAGCUGUUAAGAGACCUAGAUUCACAUCUGGUUGACCAUAAAGAGAGGCUCACUAGCUAUGAUCUGCGGAUGAAAAAUAAAAAAAAGAAGAAGCAGUUGAAAAAGGAGCAGAAGAAGCUGAAAAAGUUGAAAAAGGAGGUGAAACAAGAGGAAAUAGAGAUUAAACCGGAGGACGGUUAUAUCGGUAAUGAAAAGGCAGCAGAUUUUGUUGAGAACUCGACUAUGGUAGCUCCAGAGAUCCAAAAUAAUGAUAAUGUAAACGCUAAUGUAAAUAAUGAAACUGUAAAUAAAGUUGAUAACAAUGUGAAUAAUGAAAGUGUAAAUAAACUUGAUAAUAAUGUGAAUAAUGAAAGUGUAAAUAAAGUUGAUAAUAAUGUGAAUAAUGAAAGUGUAAAUAAAGUUGAUAAUAAUGUAAAUAAUGGUCAAACUGAAGAAGGGGGGAAGGAAGAGGAGUACAACAAAGAUUUGGAGAAGAUUUACAAAUGUUCCGCGUGUAAUAAGCAGUUCUCGUUAAGUUAUUACUUGAAGUUACAUGUGAGAUCCCACACAGACGAAAAACCAUAUACCUGCGCCGAGUGCGGCCAGUCGUUUAUAACGGCGAGCAAACUAGGGCGCCACAACAAGCGGAUACACCUUGCCAUCAAGUACCAGUGCCGGAUAUGCUACAAGAUAUUUACCAGGUUCGAAUAUCUGACGCGCCAUUUUGACAAAAAACACGCCGAAGACAAGCUGGAAGGGGAGCCCUACGACUACAACGCCAUCCUGCCCUACCUCAAAGAGCUUGAGGAACAACUCCGAGAAAAGGCAGAGGCCGAAAAGAAGCCGAAGACUGAAGAGCUGUGGAGCGACUGGCCCGAAAUGGAUCAGGCGCUGAUGCACGACAGAAAUGAUCUCAUGGAUGACAAGAAGGACUUCGCUAUGAACCAUCUGGACAUAGUCAUGGACGAUGUCAAGGUGCCAGUAGAAACGAUGGAGACAGAGAUGGAGAUAGAGAUCAAGGUGGAGAAAGAGCAGGACAACGAUGUCGGCGUUGGCGACGACAUACACAACGAUCUGCCUGACAACGAUCACGACGAUGUUAAGGACGAGAGUUUAUCAGACGAGGACUACUUCCCCUCCAACACGUGGGCCGAGCCCCCCAGCAUGGGGGCCGCCCCCCCCUCGCCCCCCGCGCGCGGCCGCCGCUCCAACACCGCGGGCCCCCUCACCUGCAAGAUAUGCGACAAGAAGAUCAGCACGCACUCCUACAUGCGGAUACACCUGCGGACGCACACCGGGGAGAAACCUUACAAGUGCUACAUAUGCAGCAGGGGGUUCAUAACCUCCAGUAAGAUGCAUAGGCAUGUUUUAACGCACUCGGAAUCGUUUGACAAAGACGGUGUGAAAAUUGAGGUGGACGUGAAGACAGAGGGAGACGAAGCGAUGAAAGAGGAAGAUGGAGAUAUGGGCACGAAAAAAAUAGCGAAGUCGAAAACGAAAAAGAAAAAAGGCGAGAAGAAGAAACGCGACUACCAGAAACGUCCGCACGCGUGCGAGUUCUGCCAGAAACGGUUCUUGCAUCUAGAAAUGCUGCAAGUACAUAGGAAGAGUCACGAAGGGGAGAGCGCUACUUUAAAGUGCUACUACUGUCUGGUGGAUAUAGAGGAUGAGACCGGGCUGAAAGAACACGAAGCGACGCAUACCGGACCGAAACCGUUUCUGUGCACGCUGUGCGGAAAGGGUUACAAGCGGAGAGAAACCAUGGUAUACCACCGCAAAAACCACAAGAGCGAAAAGAAGUUCAUCUGCGACAUAUGCUCCAAGACGUUCAACGCUCCAUGCAAGCUGCAGCGGCACAUCGUCAGCCACCGCGCGGACAAGUUCGUGCUGCGCUACGAGUGCCCCGUCUGCGCGCACAUGUUCAACACCAAAUAUCACGUGCAGAUGCAUCUGUCCACACACCAGAAGGAGGGGCUGAUUUUAGAAGAGAACCGGAACGAUAUACUAGCCAUGGUGCUGCAGAACGCGCGCAAAAUACCUAAACAGGGAGACGCCCCAACCAACCUAGCCGACCUCAUACCAGCCGACGAGCGAAGCCGCGUGUGCAACAUAUGCGGGGAAGUAUUCCAACACUUCUACUACCUAGAGGAACACUUAAAAAGCCACGGUUCCCGAAUAGCCAUAGAGGACGAAAAUAAACAGGAGGAGAGAAAACACAUAUGCCAAGUAUGCAACAAGAGUUUUAAACUACACUAUUAUUUGAAAUUACACAGUUUCACGCACACUAAGGAAAAACCUUACAUAUGCCAACAAUGCGGGAAAGGAUUCAUAACGAAAGGUAAACUAAAAAGACAUUUAGAGACACAUUCAGGUCUUAAAAAGUACCAAUGUCAUAUAUGUUAUAAGUUCUUUACAAGACCUAGCUAUCUCAGGAUACAUGUGAGGACGAUACACGGGAAUCAGGAUUAUAAUUUCAGAGUUGGGUUUAGGGAGGGGAAGGAAUAUGGUUUGGCCGCGCCUCUGCUGCCGGUAAUGACGCAAUUUAGUGAAUAAUUUUGUCUCCUGGGUUACUUUUUAAAACUAUUUUUGUUAAUUUUAAUUACCAUAAGUAUAACAUACAUAUGCAAUGUCUUCGGUUACCGCAAUAGUUACUCGUGAAAUAAAACUAUUGAAACAGAUUAUAUCGCGUAUUCAAUAUACGACUCGAUAUCGCGUAUGUAUUCAAUACAUACUACAUCCCGACGUUUCGAACCCUUUACAGCGUUCGUGGUCAACGGGUGACUGUGGAACAACUACAACUAUACGCGAUAUCAUCCGUUUCAAUAGUUUUAUUUCAUAUGGAUGUCGGCGGCCGAUCGUAAGAUCAGGCAGAUUGUAAUGUUCCUGUGUAUUUGUAUUGUUUUGAGGAUAGUCACAUUAACCCGAUAUGUAUAUAGGUAAGAUAGGUUCGUUAGGUCGCUUCAGAUGCCCGAAGGGCAAACUGCCCAGAAAUAGGAGUCCCGCGUAGCGGGGCUCCGUCGAUCCAGGGAACGAGUCAAAGAUUUUCACGUUUCACGAUAUGCCUAGGAAUUUCACGAUAUUCCUGAUCUUACGAUCGGCCGCCGACAUAUACAUAUUGGUUAUAAUUCUAAAGCUGAUUCAGCACACAUAAUUAGGAGUUUUUGUCUCCUGGGUUACUUUUUAAGACUAUUUUUUAUGACUUGAUUACCAUAAAUGCAAUUUUGUGCUUAUAAUUCUAAAGCUAAUUCAGCGCAUAAAAGGGUAAAUCAACUUUUAACCUCGCAAGUCCCCGCGUACUUGUGCAAGUACAAAAUAAAUUCGAGUUAUAUACUCUAAUAGAAAUAAAAGAAAAUACUAAAUUCCAAAGCGCGGAAAUUGGCUUGGGUCUUCCGAGGUUGUAACUCGUUGUCAUGGUUACGUUACGAUAAGUUGUCCAGGGGAAAAACAACUCGUAAAAUCCUGAUUUUAUGGAUUUCAUAUUUAUGGUUAUAAGCCAUUUCCAUAAUGGGCCAUUUACUAAGCAUGUUAUUAGAACGUGAUACAUGUCUUCUGUGUCACUAUUGUCCCUUGGACAACGGGGCAGAAUAACAACACAAAGUUGAUCUACCCAAAGAUAAUAAAAGUCACACGAACGCCGCCACCAUACAAUCGUAGUCACGCACUCAUUUUAAAACGACAUUCUGUAACAACACAUAAACAUUCAAGUAACACAUUGCGAUACAGCGAGGAAAUGCCGCCAGCAUCCCUGGUACAAUACCUCAAGGGCCUAUUUUAGAUUUAAGCUAGUUAUUAAUUUCUUUUAGUAAUACCACUGUAUAUAUCUUGUUUGUAAAUGAAUGAUUUUUCACUGUCUAUAAAAAAAAGUAACACAUAUAUGUUUAAUACUAUACUUUGUCAAUGGACUGUCUCAUUUUAAUCAUAGACAGAGAGAAUCCCACUAUCCUUGUCUUACACUAGUACUAGCACCCAAAAGAAAAGGAUGAUUAUAGUUUUCCUGGUUCUUACUGACUGACAAAUUGGUUUGACCAACAUAUAGUUUUCAUUACUAGACUACAUAUAAAAUUUCACUUUUUUUCUAUUUUUUUUGUGUUAAAUGUUCGUGUCAAGUGUCGUGUAAUUUAAGCAUGUCGUUUUUAAAUGAGAGCUUUUUUGGCGGCGGGUUUGUAUGACCAUAGAGUACCUAAAAUAAGUAAAGAAAGAGCAGUAACCCCAUAUAUUAGUUUUCUUACCAAAACGCGAGUUAUUUUAUAAUCGACAUCUAACGUCAUGUAGCGGAAUUUAUAAGUACUGCUAGUCGACAAUAGAUGUCGCGGCGAACGAAAACUCUAAUGCUCAACAAUUUUCAGCUAAUAUUUUAACCGGAUGAAUUGGAUGUCUAUUUUCAACUGCUUCUGCUUAUAAUAUUAGUUGUAAAUUGUUUUAGUAGUACCAAAAAGAUAAAAAAAAAACAGUACCAGAAAGAUAGUAUAGAGGGGUCCUGUCAUUGUUAAUUUUGUAGUCACAGUAAAUUUACUGCCAUCUAUCGACACACGAGUACAACUCAAAAUGAAAACGUAUAAAAUUAUCAUAAAAAUGUAUAUAUAUGGAUAAAUGAUUUUAUUAUUUUUAUAUAAUUUUGAUCCAUGUUCAUUCACUGAUAUCUAUGUGUUAAAAUUGUUAAAUAUGAAACGGUGUCGUCACGCCAUUUAGUCGAGGAUAGGCUAAAGGUGUGUGCGCCAUCUAUCCGAGAAUGACUUUUUCUUGAUUUCCGAGGCACGUUUUUUCCCUAGACUAUAAAGUCUACCACUCAUCAUCAUCAUCAUCAUCAUACAUAUCAUAUCAUAUAUAUCAUGUAUAUCAUAGUCAUACGAAGUUACAUAUGUCUUUGAUAGUACAUUAUUCGUCAGUAGCGACACGUGAUAUCUGAUGUCAAGUAGCGGUACUGAUAGUUCCAUUACUCGACGUUAGAUGUCGACCACGCAAUAACUCGUUUUGAUAAGAAAUCUAUGGAGUUACCGCGCCCUUUCUUUACUUAUAUAUUACUUUAUGCAUGUUAUAAUAAUAUACUCCGCCUGGUACUCUCUUCCCGUCUUUUCUAGGUCACGUGACUGACACAAGCCUACGUCAUCAUGUGACAGCGCUAUAUGAUAAUAUGCGAUAGCGCUAUAUACAUCGGCCAUGUUAUGACGUAUAGUUCAUUUUUUUUAGCAUUAGAAAUAAGGUAAACAAUCUUGAUGUGUCUUUUAAUUGAAAACACAUUUUAAAAAUAAGUUACGGCAAAUAUGUAACAAUUAUGAAUCUAAUACGAUCAUUUAUAUUCUUCUGCUUUCAUAAGUAAUAGUUUUUGAUUUUUAAAAAGCGUUUUUGAAUUAAAAGACAUGUCAAAAUCGCUUUCCUUCUUCCAAGUUCUUUCUAAUGCUAAAAAAUACGAACUAUAGGCUUGUGUCGCUCUGGGAAGAGAAGACCAUGUUUUAUUAGACUAUGCCCUCUAUGGUAUGGCUUUUUUGUUAGUGUUGUUUUUUUAGUGUUUAUACCAUUAAGUGAGAGUCAUAUACCUCCUAAUCGACGGGUAGCGGUGAAGGUAUGUUCUUAUCAUUAAUUUACUUUUAAGCUAAAUCUUGUUAACCUUUUGGACACGGCGUCAAACACGAAAGGUAUCGUCAUGGGUCGUCCCAUUCGUUUUUCGUCAAGUUCUUAAAUUGGUCCUAUUCUGCUUUCGUCACUCAUUCUACAUUCAUCACAAUCGUCGGUGGUUUUCAAUGUAGAAUGCGUGACGAAAGCAGAAUAGGACUAAUUUAAGAACUUGACGAAAAACGAAUGGGACUACCCAAGACGAUACCACACAAAAGCUGUCACUCGGACGCCACGUCACCGAAGUGACAAAACUGAAAUUGAACUUGAUAUGCACGUAGGUCUAUGUUGCUCUGUGGUAUGUGACCGAUUAAUCCGUCUUUGGCGUUGGUGCGGUUAAAUUCGCUUUUAUCCUGAUACGGUCCAGCCUUUUACAUUAUUUGUGACAUUUGAGGAACCCUAAAACCUGUCAAAAUAAUAGUUACGUCCCAAUUAACUGGAAAUAAUUUAAAAAAGGUGUAGGCGAGUAUACUUAACUUUACAUAAGUAGCUAACAUACAUUAUAAUAUUUUGUUUGAUUACCUAAUAAUAAUGUAUAUAUAUAACUAUGCGGGCAGUUAAAACAUUACAACCAGUAGUUUAACUUUAAAAAAACGCUGUAAAGUGCACACAAUUACUUUACCCAUAAUUUUGACGGACAACUGCCUGUCCCUCUCAAUCGAUAGUUAUGUUUCUUAUAUUUAAGUAUCAUUACAAUAUCCACGAAAAUACUGCUCGAGUUUAUAUUGCCGUCUCAAACACCAAAUACACAAUACUAAAGCCUCUCUAAUUUAUGUACCAGUAACGCCAUCUAUAAUAACAAUAACAAAACAAUUUUAAAUGUAAAAAUAGGCUCAUGUACGCCGCGUUUUUUCAAGUUAAUUUACUGAAUUAGAUUUGAGUUUUCUUUUUGGUAAUAUGCAACGGCAAAUAUAAGGGUACAGUUAAUGUGAUAAAACUAUCUGAACACUUUUUGAUCAAGUGUUGGAGAGUAGCCGGAACUCUCUGAACUAUAUUGGCCCCUUAUUUUUGACACUGUUAUCACCUUGAAUAUUGUCAUUAUUUCUCGAUAUAUUUUGUCGCAUCUACCCACAUAGUCAUACAUAAAAUGUUCAUAAUUAUUUUUAAAAGCACAAGUGGCGUAGGGCCGAAAUAAAGAAAGGUGGCCCCCUAACACGAAAAGCAUUACAUGCCCGAUACGCACCAAAACGAUUGGUUCGAAGAACAAUAAUUAUAAAAAAAAUAAUGGAUAUUUAAUAUUUACGUCAAGUGUGUGAAGGAUGGUUACGUCCAUAGCGCUGUCUCUCUCGCACAACGGAGCGGCGUGCGGUUCUGCAUUAGUGAUAACCGCAACUGAUAUACGUCAUGUGAAGGCACAAGGCAUCACAUACGUUCGUCAUGCAUAUGAAUAAAAUGUGAGAAAAAUAUUUAAAUUAAAAUAACAAUUACAAUAAAAAUAUAUCUUUAAAAAAUACAAUUUACAUAUACAUAUUUUAUUGCACUUUAGUAAUAACGGUGGGUUACAGAGGCGAAUGCCAAAGUCAUAAUAUAUUACUGUAUUUCUUAAAUUACAGCCAUAAAAAUAUCUAAGCGUUGUCCCAAAUAUUUCAUCAUUCCCGAAUAUAUAUAAUAUGUAUAUAAUUCUAAGAUGUCGGGAAGAUGUAUAUAUAUUUAGACGGCUGGGAUAUAUUUUAACUAGGGAAUGCAACCGGUAAAUAUUAAGUAUCAGAAAAUCCGGUUAUUUACCGGUUUACCAGUAAUUUCAAUAACAUUUACCAGGUUGUAUUCUCUAAUUUAAACAUAGCUGGUAAGUGCGCUAGUAAAAAAAAGUGUUUUAAGUAAUUAAAAAAAUAUUAUUGUUCUUCAAACCAUAUCAAAAAAGGACCAUAGUUGGCAAGUGAAAUUUUGUCAAAUGAAAUCGUCCAAAUAAAUAAAAACAUCGGGCUUUAGUUCACUUCUGUAAACAUAGAUGUCGCUGUGUGCAAAACCGGUUUUAUCUACCGGUUCAGCUUCAUGUAUCGCUGACGUUUUGACACAUGUCAAGCCUGUUUGCAAAAGUUGCGAGUGUCAUCUCUCAUACAACUGUUGCAAGGAUUGACAAUUGUCAAUAUGUUGUUCCACUGUCAAAACACGGCAAGUAUCUUUACACAAGUUAUGCGUCUAGUCAAAACAAUAUGACAUUUAUCACUAUCAGUAUAUUUAGGCAGUGUUAGAUAUAUCCCAUUAUUCACAAAGUAAAUCUUGAACUUUGUACGCUCAAAACAAAUAUAUUAUUUAAUUGUCAAAUUGUUCAUACUAUUACAUUUCGAAACUGUCACACGAUAGCUCCCGAAUACAACAUUCACAAUUUUAAACCUUAUAUCGCCUCACAUAUUAUUAUAUUAUAUUUUUCGUAAUAAACAACAAAUAGGUAAACGAUUUCCAAAUAUUUUUGAUGAGCAUCGUCAUAACUCAUAAUCUUAUUACAACUUUACAAGAACAAAAAGUAUGGUUAUUACGAGACAAUUAUAAUCGAGGUGGCAUUUUGCUCAUUCACCGCAAUAAUAUUAGAAAAAUCUGACACUGUUUUAUUUGAGCACCAAUCCAAGGCUAGUUUAACCGGUUUAUCCGUUGUAAACGAAUGACAAUCCGGUUUACGUGAAAAAAUACCGGUUUCGCACUAGUUACAUUUUUCAUCUCAUGGUGAAUUUUUAAGCCCAAAUGGGGCAUUCCAAAAGCUCUCCCGUACAAAUGCAUUUUAUUUCGUAUAACACCGGUUUUGUCACCGUCGAGUCAAUGAUUACUUUACUGAGCAUUUUUUACAUCCGUUGUAACAGAAAAAAACCAUAUACCUGCAAAUCUUAGAACAGCGCACUGAAUAAAUAAUAGUACUAGGUACAGAAGACUCACUCUCUAACAAAACGCGUCUGUUACGAUCAGGACAGAGGCCGCUAGGUGGCGACAGCGCCACGCGCGGCUUAUGGCCACCAAAAUUGGUGUGGAACGGAUGUACUUGUAGCUACUUGUUGCGACGCGGAGUGAGCCACGCCUGGUGAGAGCGAGAUGUAUAGAAAGUAAUCAAGGCAGACGUUAGCGAAUAUGUCAGUUUGACACUGCUAGGCAGUCAUGGUCAGGCUACUUGUGACUCUUAAAAAGUCCAAUUUUGACUUCUAAGUUUUAAUAUUGCAAAGUUGUAUGUAACUGUUAUAAAAAUGCAUUACAAUAGGGAAUAUUACGCGCAACUCUGCGUAGGGGGCGCCACUACCACUAUCCGUCACAAUCUGGGGGUCUACUACAAGAAAUCGGAAUUUCGUUAUUUAACCUCUCUAUCACUCUUGCUUAUUCGAGCGAUAAAGAGGCAGAUAACUAAAUUUCGAGUUUCGCUUUUCCCGGUAGGCCCUUGUUAACAAACUGCCUUGAUGCAUCAAUGUCAUAUUUUAUUGUCUGUGAAAACUUGUCAAAAAAACAGUUUAAAGCACAGUGUGUAUAAGUUACUCUAUGGUUUACUAGAGGCGCUAGUGCUGCACUCUGGCGGCAGAACAUUGCAGUAAUACCCCCUAUUCUAAGUCCUUCCUGUCGCGAAAAUGUAACGAAAAAAGUGGGAACAAUUUAGAUUUCUUUUCGUUUCGGGCGUUUUGUAUAUAAUAAAAUAGUGAUAAUUGUUUUUAAUUUAAAUAACAAUGUGAUGAAUAACAUUUACCUGUGUUUGCACUUCACGACAUUUUAAUAUAUAUUUAUUUUGAUUUUGUAAAUGUAUCAGCAAACAUGUACCAAGGGCGUUGUCUUAAUUAUUUAAUAGAUGUAUUAUAUGUGACGUUCCACGGUAAAAGGUACCUUAUGGCGGCUGGCGCUUACGUCGCAUAGCGCCGCAAUAAUAUUGGAGCGACGUUAAUAAUAGCGUAAGCGCCAACCGCCAUAAGGUACCUUUACCCGUGGGACGUCACAUAUUAUAAUUCAGUUUUUCAUAAAGUUAGACCAAGAAAUGUCUGCAGCGGUUUUGUUAGCCCACGCAGUGCAAGUGUUAUUUAUACGUCAAACGGUUUGACGUUUAAAAUAACACUUGCACUGCGCGGGGCUAUCAAAAUCGCUGCAGACUUUUCUUGGUCUAACUUUGUAUGUUUUUGAUUCAACAAUUAAUUUGAAGUUCUGAUCUAGGACUUGUUAUAAUGUUUAUGAUUCUGAAAUAUUCGUGAAAUAAAUUAUUGUAUGGUAAUGAUUAUUUGUCACAUUUCUAGCUGUAACUUGUCUGUGGCGGAACCGUACUGAUAUUUUGGAGGGAUUUUUCAUGCUUCUAAAAAAAGGUAUAUUUGGAAUGUUUUAUUUUAUUACUAAUCAAUAUUUUGAAGUGUAAAUUUUUUAUUCCGUUAUCAUUUUCCAUACGAAUGUAGUGCAUAAUUACUUUUCCAUCGUUUUUUUCACGGAAACGUCCGAACGUGUCUUGCUAUUUCAGUCAGUCUCGGUACAAAAAGUACUGACGUUGACUGAAGAAGCAUGACAAAUACGAACGUUUCCGAGAAAACACGAUGGAAAACAAUUAUACACUACAUCUGUACAGUCAACUGUAAAAAUAUGGGUGUACAAAUCAUCUCAAAAAUAUGUCCCAUAACUCUUUAUGUCAGUGAAUUAAGAACUAUGGGACAUAUUUUUGAGUAAGUUGUCUACACCUAUAUUUUUACAGUUGACUGUACACAUACGUCAUGUCGUCUAUAUGAAUAUGACAGGAACGUAAUAGUCAUAAAUGUAUGGAUGUUUGAGAAAACUUCCAAAAACCAAGCAUGGGAAAGUACCCUAGAGAAAUAUAAAAUGGAUCUGGCCUUCAGGCAAGUAAUGCUCUAAAGAUGCGUCCCCAUCCGAACAGCUUCAAUACGAAUAAUAGCGCAAUUUCUACACCAUAAGUAAUUAAUCUUAAUGUACAGUCAGCCGCAUGCCGCAUGUUUUUCCAACCGGCACGUAUGGAGGUCCAAGGGGGAGGCCUAUGUUCAGCAGUGGACGUCUUAUGGCUGAGAUGAUGAUGAUGAUGUACAGUCAGCUGCAGAGAGAGGUCCCCCCCCCUGCAUAUAAAUUUGUUUGCAGGGGUACAGUCGACGUCAAAGAUAUGUUUACACUUUUGCACCUUACUCCUUUGUAAUAAGGCGAAAAGUGUAGACAUAUCUUUGACGUCGACUGUACACACACGUAUGUACACUUGUAUGUACUAUUUAUUAAGAAAAAAUUUAUUACGCAAAUGUGUUAUUCAGAUUUGUGCAAAGAUAAUUUUGUUAAUGUGAUUCAAUACAAGCUCAUUGUCAUUACCUAUAUCGGCUUUAUAUUUUAACAUAAUUAUUGUCUUAUUUUCUGAAUAUGGAACUUCUGGAGGUAAUAUACCUACUUAGAGAUGAAGAUCCCAAAAAUGCUGAGUAUAGAUCGAAGAAAAGAAAGUACAGUAAGCUACAGAGAUAACUACCCUCCCCCUUUUCCCCUCUUCGAAACAAACAAGUUUCGAAGGGGGUUAGUUAUAUCCGCAGCUCUUUGUACAAGUCGAUGUUAUAGUGGUAAGCUGCUCAGAUGGUGACGGAGCCUAAACAUAGUUUCAUAGAUUCCAUCUCUUAAGUGUUUUUUAGGUUAAUGUUUUGAUCGCGAUGUAAAUAUUAUUGUGAAAGAGUGCGGACGACCGAGUAAAUAAUGAAAAUUAUAAAUUGUUUUAUUUCA